AUGUCUUGUCCAGCAAUUACGCAGCCUGUCUUCGAACACCACCACAGUGGCCUGGGCGUCGCUACGUCUAAGCCAAGAGUCUCUUGGCGAUUCAAAACUAGCGAUGCUACUAUCGCUGGCUGGGUGCAGACUUCGUACGAACUCGAGAUCAAGUUCGCUUGUGACGAGAAGCCCCAAAGCUACAAAGAGGCCAGUGACCAGUCUGUGCUUGUGCCAUGGCCGGCAAGGGAUCUGGCUUCUCGUGAAACUGCGACGGUUCGAGUACGGGUAUAUGGGGAGAGUCUGGGUGACGAAACUUAUGCCAACGACGAGCCAAGUGCGUGGUCUGAGCCAGCAACCGUGGAAGCUGCUCUGCUGAACAGAGACGACUUUCGAGCCGACUUCAUCACAGCGGCCCAGCGAGUUGGACCUCAUGGCCCUCUACGACCUAUUCGCUUCCGCAAAGAGUUCACAUUACCUCAAGAGCUCGAUCUCAGCUCUGCUUCAGCCCGUUUGUACAUCACAUCGCUGGGUGUUUUCGAAGCCUGGAUCAACGGGAAGUCAGUCACGGACGAGUGCAUGGCCCCGGGCUGGACCAGCUACAAGCAUCGUCUUGUCUAUCGUAUUCUUGACGUGCAGAAGCUCCUCAUUCCUGGCGGGAAGAAUACGAUCUGCGUCGAAGUUGCGGAAGGGUGGUACGCUGGGCGGCUUGGGUUUAAGGGCGGAAUACGAUUUCGAUAUGGCGACACUCUCGGACUAUUCACGCAACUAGAAGUCAAGGAAGGAUCUGUCACUUCCUGGAGCCUUCUUUCAGAUGAAUCCUGGUCUUGUGCCCCCAGUGCUCUUACCAGAAGCGAAAUUUACGAUGGCGAGGUGUACGAUAUGCGGGAAGAGAAGGGAGAUUGGAAGUCUGUCGAAGUUCCUGGGGACACCUCAGACGCAAGGAUUCUUCCAUGGCCUCAAGCAGCGAUGGUGGCACCGGACGCACCGCCAGUUCGAGUCAUCGAGACGAAGGCAUGUAUCAAAGUCUUCCAGAGCAAGACUGGGAAAACGAUUCUUGACUUUGGCCAGAAUCUUGUCGGAAAGCUCUUCAUCAAGUCGGUUCACCUCCGAGAGGGACAAGAGGUCACGUUCCGCCACGCUGAGGUGAUGGAAAACGACGAACUAGGCACCAGACCCUUGAGAGAUGCCAAGUGCUCUGAUACUAUCAUUGGAUCGGGCGAGCCUCUUUAUGAUUGGUCACCCAAGUUCACCUUCCACGGCUUCAGAUAUGUCCAAGUCGAUGGAUGGCCGGGUGGUGGCCCCUCCACAAACGACAUCCAAGCUCUCGUGAUGCACACAGACAUGAGGCGCAGAGGCUUCUUUGAGUGUUCGAACCCCUACGUCAACCAACUUCACAAAAAUGUGGUUUGGUCUAUGCGUGGCAACUUCUUAUCGAUUCCAACAGACUGUCCUCAACGCGACGAAAGACUUGGUUGGACCGGAGAUUUACAGGUGUUCUGCCCGACAGCAACGUUCCUGUACGAUACGUUAGGCAUCCUAGGCAACUGGCUUGAGGAUGUGGCGGCUGAACAACUGGAAGAGGGAAAAGGAGGCAUUCCACCCUUGGUUGUUCCCCUGGCGAUCUCGCCCAACUGGCCACACAUUGCCCAGGCUGUAUGGGACGACGUGACUGUUCUCGCCCCAGACGCGCUGUACCAAUACAGCUCUGACAAGGGGUUGCUUGAGAAGCAGUUCGCUAGCAUGCAAACAUGGCUUGACGAAGGAGUUGACAGAGCUUCCGACGGUCUUUGGAACCCGGAUAAGUGGCAGCUAGCUGACUGGCUUGAUCCGAGUGCACCUCCUGAUGAUCCUGGGAACGGUCGGACUGACAGCAUUCUUGUUGCGAAUGCUUAUUUGGUACACACGACUUUGGUCUUCUCACGCCUCUGUGCGGCCGUCGGAAAGCUUGAUUUAGCUGCCAAGUAUGCCAGUGAUGGCGAGAGAUUGAAACAGCUAUUCCAGAGGCGUUACAUCACGCCCGAAGGUAACCUGAUGUCGAGCUCUCAGACUGGGUUAUCCCUCGCGUUUCGGUUUGGUUUGUAUCCCGACGACGUAUCCCAACGCCAGACUGCUGCAAAAGCCCUCGAGAAGUUGGUUCGAACUGCGCGCUUCCAUAUCAGUACGGGCUUCGCGGGAACGCCGGUGAUAUCGCAUGCUCUCACCAAGAUUGGACGCCCGCAACUGGCAUAUCGAAUGCUUCUCGAGACAACUUGCCCGAGCUGGCUGUACCCUGUCGUAUCAAAGGGGGCGACAACGAUAUGGGAGCGAUGGGAUAGCAUGCUGUCAGAUGGGCGAAUCAACCCAGGGCAGAUGACCAGCUUCAAUCAUUACGCCCUUGGCGCGGUGGCAGACUGGCUUCACGGGUCUGUCGGUGGUAUCUCACCUCAAGAGCCUGGCUGGAGGAUGAUUCGCGUAGAACCUGUUCCAGGUGGGAAUUUGACGAACGCUACUGUCUCUUUUGACGGCCCUUACGGAAAGGUGGCUUGCGAAUGGGUGCUGGAUGGCACAGACUUCAAGAUGAGGCUAGAAGUCCCGCCAAGCUGCUCCGCGGCAGUGUUUCUACCUUCAGGGUUACCAAGAUCCUUUGCCGCAGAGACAGAGAAACAACGUGCUGUAGUGAUGGUGCAGUCAGGGGUUCAUGAGUUUGAGGAUACCUUUGACCCGGGCGAGUGGCCGCCUCUGCCCUUGGUGGCCGCUAACCAGCCUCUGCCAUCGAACACAAUCGCGGGUUAG